AUGAAUAACCGCACUAAGGAAGCCAGACCUGAAGACUUCGUCCCUGACUCUGAUCGGUAUUAUUAUGGAAGAGUUAGAAACAGAGGUUUGUUUUUAGUAAGAAAAAGAGAGAAAGUAAAACAUUUCGAGAGAGAGAUGCUGACCUUUCUGCUAUCGCUGAAAGCAAGCUUUGGACAAUAUUUUUUACUGUUAUUUGUAUCCUCGAACAGAAAGUUGAUCUCGACCCUAAAAGUUAUCUUUUAAGUAUGUUUCGUUCAACUGGAAUGUUUUAUUCGUUAUCAUUAUCUAGAUAUUUAAAAAUUUCUUAUGCAUUUAUAUAUUUAUCUGUUUCUCUAUUUGUUUGUAUUUUCUGAUCAAAAUCCUCUACUUUUUUCUUCGUUUAAGUUCUGUGAAUCAUCCAAAACUGUCAGUUUCUCCUUUCAGAAACGUUACUGUAAUCAUCUUUUUAUCAUUUUUCAGUUCCACUGGGAUUCAUUCCGGAGCUUCCCGCUGAAUCGUGUAAAGAAAUUAAAGCCAGUGAGGGAGAACAAGCGGUCAGCGGCAACUACUGGUUUAAAUUUAAUCUACUUAAUUAUGCUGUUUUGGUUCACUGCGAUAUGAAAACGGAAGGUAAAGCAUAAACUUGCAAAGUAAAAUCUAAAUCAAUCAUCAUUCAUUCUUUAAUUCACUGCUAAAUGCAACCAUUUAUUUUCCUCACUCACUCGUUCAAUUUCUCCCUGAAUGAAUGCAGGGAAUGUUCAGUUUUGUUCCUUUCUUUAAAAUAAUAACAAUAACAAUAAUAAUAAUAAUAAUAAUAAUAAUAAUAAGAUGGUUAUGGGAUUUAGUAGUGGAAGUAGCCCUUCUUUGAAAAGUUGGUUUUUGUGGAGGGAGGAAAACCAGAGGACCCGGAGAACAAAUUUGCGUAGCAAGGACGAAAACCAACAACAAACUCAACCCACACGUGACACCAGGUCUGGAGAACAAACCUGGGCCACAAUGUUGGGAGUCGAGCACUCUCAGCACUGCGCCAUCCCGGCUCCUCCAGAAAGAAAUAGAAUUUUGAAUUAAUUGUUUACGUUACAACUGCUAUUACAUUUGUGCCAUAGAUAUUGACGAGUGCACUCAUGGAAUUCAUGAGUGUCUCAACGAAUCGGCAAACUGUUUAAAUACGGUUGGAUCGUAAAACUGUGUUUGUAAAGAUGGUUACGAAGGCGACGGAAAAACCAUUUGCACGCCAGAGGGUAAGUAGUUUGACAGCAUAAAAGUUAUAAAUUGUGACGAUGAAGAGCUUUAGUUUUGCUUAAUAGUUUUUUUCUUUUCCAUAACUAUUUAGAAUGUGUAAGCUACUCACUUCUGACCAGUGGAACAAGAAAAACCACCUACGACACACCCCAGGGAAGAGAAUCUUGCGACAACGACCUCAGUGCGGACUGGUUUCGUUUCAAAGGAGAUGCAGGAACGAAGAUGCCAACCAAAUGUGUACCUUACAAAAAAUGUGGCACUGACUCUACGGGUUGGCUAGACGGUUAUCAUCCAACAGUAGCUGAUGGAAAGGUCAGCAGGACGGUUUGCUUUCGGGGUCGUACAGACUGUUGUAAACAUCCAGUUUAUAUUAAAGUGAGAAACUGUGGAUCUUUCUAUGUUUACCAACUAACGCCACGAACAUCCUGCAACCAACGCUAUUGUGGCACUGACUGAUAAUUAUGCUAGGAUCAACCACAGACAGAUCCAAAAAAAACAGAGACUAAGUGAAGAGGGAGUAGGAAGGAAUGAGGUGGUAUCGUAAUUUGAUCUCAGUCAUUGAUAAAGACUUAAUAACGUCAACUCAGAAGGAUCUAAUCAAAGAUAAAUAGAUUGAAAAGAAAAAUUCCUAAGAAAGAUGGAAGGGCGGCCCCACUUUAAACUUGCCAUUGUAGAUCAUCGUCUAAAGGGUAGAGUUAGCUUUACUAAACAGCAAUCCAGGUUGUUAGAGUCCAAAAUGGCGGAGAGCACAUGAUUAUACUUCUCAAAUGACUGUCUUAAUCGGUAGUGAUAUAAUUAUAGCACAUAAUCUAGCCAGGGGAAAUUCCCUAUCAUCUUUCCUUUAAGUACUGAGUUAUCAGGGGCGCUCUCCUCUCCCUUCCUGAACGCAACCGGUUAACAAACACCAUCUAUCCAAGAGCAAAUGUGUAAGUUUUGCAUUUCGACGUUCAACCAUCGUGGCACAAUUAAAGAAGGAGAAGGCUGGGUAAAUAAGGCUCUCUUGUGUUUCAGUAUUUUGAGAAUUUGGCCAUCACUGGAUAGACUUGUGCAAAUUAGGCUUUGAAACAAAUUUAUCGGUUGUUCCCAGCCUGUUACAUACACUGUUGCGGAACCUUAAAUUUCAUCGAAUCGUAAUAAACUUAUUAGUUUGAAUUAUGGGUCAACACGCAUUCCUUGACCGAAUAUUCGCCACCUAGAGUUUGGGAAUAUCCCUGAUAAAAUUUUCUUGCUGAUUAUUUCCUAAAAUUUCCAGGCGUAAUUCCAUUGCGAUGAGAGUAUUUAUUUCAAAUUCGAACUAGUGUCACAGUAAAAACUGUCGUUAUAAAGUCAGUACAAAAAGCUUAAUAUACAUUGUAUGAACACAAUAGAAAAAGUAAAACAAUCAUUAAAUAAUCAUAUCAAGAAGAAGAAAAAAUAUAAAAAUAGAGCGAUGAAGUAUUUGCACGUAACGUUACGUAAAAACUUCACCACGAACGGAGUCCAUUUAAGUGUUAACUUCGGUCUCAAUUUCCUAAUGAGGAGAAUUUCAAAAAUCAGGCAGUCAAUCUUUGAUUAUGUUGUUUAAUGCGUUGCUGUAGAUGUCGAGGUGUGUACACAAUAUAAUUUGCGUCGAUAGUUUAUAGUUUUUUUACUUUUUUUUUUUUACUGUUUUUGGGUCAAUCAUAUCUAAAACUUAUUUUUUGAGGAUUUCAGCUCAAUUACUAAAUUUAAGGCAAGCAAUAAAGACGAGUUAAUCAAUGUUGUCAACAGAAUCGUGCAGAUAAGUUUCCCCCAUGGUAAUUCUUGUAAGUAGUAAAUACUGAAUAUUUAGCUAAAGGUUUAGUUUAAUGAAACAAUAGUGUAGCAGAAUACGUUGGGCAAAUGUUACCCAGAGCAACUGCCUUAAUCUUAAUGAAUUGUAAGUUGUCCACAUCUUAGGCACAAUCUGUAUGUCUGCAGAAAUUUUAUCUGGCUCUUAAUCAUUAUUACUUCUGAAGAUAUUUUGCCUCCAUAUCUUAUUAAAACAUUUCAUUGCAAAUAUUAUGUUUACUAAUUAUGGCCGGAGCGAGGCCAUAAUUAAUUAGGAAAUAUGUAAGAUCAUGCAGAGUCAGUCUUCUAAAGAUAUUAUCACAGACAUGGAGUUUGUAUUAGACCUAGUUCUCAAAACUCCGAAUGUUAAACUACAAAAGAACUUCCCUUGUUUAAUAAUAAAUGAGAAUCAACUAACAAUCAUGAAAAUGUUUCCUUAAAUAGCACUUUAAAUUUUCUAUUUUGUAAAAAAAAAAAUUCCAGAUCGGUGAAUGUUUAAAACAAAAGACAGGAAAGUAAGACGAAAUGAAAAAAUUAAAAACCCCCGAGAUUCGAGGUGAAGAGCCUAACGUACGUGCGAGAAAUCCGUGAGGGGUCUUGCAUAACCAUCACUACAUAAUUAGAUUUUGACAAAUUGACGGAAUGUUUUACAAACAAAAAUUAAAGCAUACAUGUCAUUUUUUCGCCAAUGCCCAUGAAAUUUCAUAUAAAUCUAAUAUAAUUAGAAGAAAUGGGUACACUUGAAAAUACUUGAUGAAAAUGAGAAAAGGAAAUAAAUUUAAAAAAAAGGAGAAAAAUAUGAUCUGAAAACAUUUUUAAAGAUAAACCAUAAUCUCUUCUUUGUAGCCUAUUGUGAAAAUAUUAACUUAUUUUUAUUUCAGAUCAUUUACCGUGAUAAAAUUUAUUUACCCAAGGCAGGAAAGCUCUUCCAAUCACAUAUCGAUUAACUUCUCUUUUGUGAGAACGCUUGUCUAUGAAUAAUUGAAUUGGGUGUAAAAUAUGAAUGAAAUCAGAUAAUUUCCAUUUCUUCUAGAAAUGCACGGCAUGUAUUAUCAAACCUCCUACUCUGAACCUGUGCGGUUUUAAAUUGACUACAUUCUUACAAAGUAUGUAGAUAUGAAAUGAAAUAAAUGUACCCACUUUUUCCUGCCGAUGAUUACAAACUCAGUCUCAAAUAGAAAAAAACAAUUUCAGUGCUGAAUUAUUGAUGAGUAGCAUAAAUGGUAGUCAUGUUCUCAGUUGAAAUGAUUCAGACUUUGGCUUUUUUUCGACAACAAUUACGCACAGGCCUAAAGGGAAAGGUUUACACUCUUUGUUGGUAAUUAUUUUUGACCACCGUCGCGCACCCAACAAAUUCUUAAACUACAAUUUUACAUCUUUUUACGAAUACCAUUGCCUUUAAAAAGGAAUACAGUCUACGUUUUUUAAAGAGACACUUCUGUGGAAUUUAUAAGUAUUUUUCACUGAGUUUUGUAAGCUCCUGUGUAAUCAGUAGAUUCUGCAGGAGUAUCAUGGAACAAAUUUUAUCUUGGAAAAAUUACAUGAGAGAAGUUUAAAGGAACAUGUUGACAACAGGGAAAAGGAAAGAAUAAACUUAGGAUGGCUGAUCAGGAAAAACAGGACGCCUCGAUAAAGCUUAAAGAAAUGUUUAUCACUGACUUUUGUACUCAGAAUUGCAUAACAAUGGAGAUAAAGCUUUCUAUUUCUAAAGGAUUGCUUUGUUAGGUGUAACACUUAGAAACCGUGGAGACUGAGGAAUAAGCCUUUGUUUUGUAAUAGGCAGCUGGAAUCUCUCACGCAGAAACGUGCUCAUAAACGCAAUGUACCCAACAUCGCUGCCAUCGAUAGGGUAUAACGAGGAAGUGGUGAUGAAAAGACCACAAAGGAUCAUUUUAAAACUUUAUUUGCAAACAUUUUUUGAUUCUAAAAUAAUUAUAAUAUUUGGGUACAAAGAAAAAAAAACAAAGACAAAAAUUAACCACCAAAGGAGAAAAAACGAAACAGGUCAAAAAUGAAUAGAUGAUCAACAUUGAAAUAUAACAGAAAUAGGGAUUGAUCAUACUCAUGUGAAGCGUAUUGCGAAAAUAACUACCUCUGUCUCUUGGAGAGAUCCCGCAUAGUGAUCUCUUCUAUUCAGUUCCUUGUAUAGGAAAUCUUAGCAUGGUUACUUACCGAUUCGUUAAUCUUUUACCAUGACGAUUGGUUGCGAUAUUAACUUUAUUAAAAAUAAAAUAUCAACGAACUUUGAUAACUUCCAAGGCUAUAUUACUCUAAAACUUUACAUAACUUAUUUUAAUACUUCGUUUCUUGAAAAUCUUCUGCUUAAAAUUAUGAACACCAAUAUGGUAAUGAAUCAAAAUCAAUUAAAAUUCCAGCUUUAACAACUUUUUGGUGUUUAAUAAACUUAAUAAACCGUAACUCUCAAAAACCAAAGAGAGCAAACUUUCAACAUAAAUUAUUCAUGACUGUGCAGGAUAACUUCGAUGUAGUGAAUCAGUUGAAAUGAUUGAUGACUGGACACUGCAAGCACAAGGUUUCUUAUUCAGUGAAGUCGCGAAUAUCUGUUUCCAAUCAAGACAUUUAAAGCAGAGGUUGUUUGAAUAACCCCUUAUCAUUUCCACGAGCGUACUAUUUUACAAGACAUUCUAAAAAUGAUUCUAAUUCCAUUGCUCCAUGUCAUUUGCACUGCGGUCGCUUUGGCUUCUGCUAAGCCAGAAGGUGAGGCACUCUCAUCGGUUUUCGUUAUCAGUAAUUUUGAAGGUCUAGACAUGAUGUGAUUGUGCAGAAAUUACACCUGGUUUCCGUGAAAAAUUAAACCUUACAACUGACACACUGUUACUUGCGGUACCACAUGAAUGACGUAAAUAGCCCCAAGCAUUCCGUCGUGUUUCCUAACACUUGAAUAGUAACGAUUUCUAAUUCUGGCUAGAGAGAAGUAUGUCAUCGUUGUCGCUUUGACACUGGCUAUUUCAAGCCAAUACUAUUUUACCUCAUGACUUUUCAUGGUCUUUGCAGAAACAUGUCGCAUCAUUCAGUUCGUACGUAAAAUAAACGAAAAGGCUCUUGAAGGUCACACGAUUACAACGAUUAAUUCGAACAAAGUCGACUUUUGUGAGACGCAGUGUUUCCUUAACCAUGAUUGUGUCUCUUACAACUUUGGACCAAGUGAAGACAACGAUGACACAUAUGUAUGUGAACUAAAUAACUCAACGGAUAAUAAAAGAUUGAAACCUAAAGCGAUGUACGUAUACAGCGAAACAAAGGUAGGUUGUUAUUCCCAUUCUGUUUUGCUCUAAGAUUUCUGUUAAUUUAUUUUUAUUCCUUCAUUUUCAUAUUCUUUAAUUAGUAAUCAGUUAGACCAUUCUCAACCUAUUUCAUUAUUAGACUGAUCUGUCUUUAGUUCAUCUUGUUUUCUUAUUUUACCGAUCUAGGUCUCCUGCCGGUCAAAUCCUUGUUUAAACAAUGGCAAAUGUCAAUAUGGUUUUACAGCCAAAACUUUCCGCUGUCUGUGUUCCGCUGGCUUUACUGGAGAAUUUUGCGAAAGGGGCAAGUUUCGAUCAAGAAGGUGGGAGGGGGUGAACGCAUUAAAUUUGGUUUUUGUUGACGUCAGCUCAUCAUUGCCAGCGUGACGUCACAUAGCAACAUAAAACGCUUCUCACUAGGAAUUAUAGUUACCUUUGGGGACCCCAUAGGUAGAAAGUUAGAAAAAAAAGAAGCCAAUGAUAGAUAUGUUUGCGUUAUUAUUUUAAUACUUUGCCGUAUGAGUCCAUUUUCACAUUAGCUAAUACCUUGAUGGCUCAGAAUCUAAACAGGUUUUUGUCUCUGUUAAGAUUCCUCUCUUAAACAUUUUGUGUUCCCAGAUGUCGAUGAGUGCAAAGAUGCAGUCAUGUCCACUUUAGCUAAUGGCUUUGCGGCGCGGAAUCUAAAGAGUUUUUUUUCGAUUAAGAUGCACUUAUAAAUAAGUAUCAAUGAUAAAGCUAUUUGAGAGAUGUUAAUGCAAACUGUAUCAAUACUAAUGGUUCUCAUAAAUACACUUGUAACGAAGGAUACACUGGGGAUGGACAGUCAUGUCAAGGUACAACAGAUAAUUCUAAUCAAGUUUUGGCAUUAGGUACGAUCUUAGUGACUCAGAAGCUAAACAGGUUUUCCUCUAUAUUGAGGUUUUUCUCGUAAAUAAUUUGUGUCAACAGAUGUCGAUGAAUGUAACGAUAAAAGCCAUGCUUGUGAUGCUAAUGCGAAUUGUUCCAACGCUAAUGGUUCGUAUCAUUGCUCAUGUAAGGAAGGAUACACUGGAGAUGGACACUCAUGUCAAGGUGAAUAAGAGUGGCCUACACUAUUUAAAACAUGCAGCUUUGCACAUAAACUAUCGCCCAUGGGUAUUAGCCCGCAUUUUAGAGGUCUGUUUUCACGCACCACUCUCAUAUUUCCAUUGGGUUACCUCUUUUAUAUCACUUAUGCUUCUAGAUAUAGACGAAUGCAGCAAUGGAAGCCAUGAUUGUGACGUAAAUUCGAUUUGUACCAACGCUAAUGGCUCCCAUAGCUGCACCUGUAGGGAAGGAUACACUGGAAAAGGAGAGUCAUGUCAAGGUAAAAUUGAAUUAGACUCAGAAAAAAAACAGAAUAAUUGUUCAUUAAAAAUAAUGGUCUUGUUAUCUCACAAAAUGGCUAGGAUUUUUUUCUCUCUUCAUUUGCCCUUUAUAAAUCUAUUGUGUUCAUAGAUAUUGAUGAAUGCAACGACGAUGUUUGUGAUACUUAUGCUAACUGUACCAACACUAAUGGUUCUCAUAAUUGCAUCUGCAAGGAAGGAUACAUUAUAACUGGACAGUCUUGUCAACGUAGAUUAGAACAGCGAUACUUGAUGUGAAGCAAAGCAGCUUUCCACAAUACGUAUUGUCUUCGCAACUGUGGUCAUGAUCAAGAGGCAACGUGAUGAUUUUCACGCCCCGACCUCGUAUUUCUAUCAAGUUACGGGUUUCAUCAGAUGCAUACAUGCACAUCUUGGUAUUUUUUACGAGCCCGGAAAGAAGAAUAUAAGGCCACGCUCGGAUAACCCCCCCCCCCCCCCUCCCCCCUUCUCCUCCCUCACUUAUUUAAAUAGAAUAGAUAUAUUUUACAUGCGGCGGCCUAGAUACUAAUAUAUAUAAUAUAUACUAAUUCGCUGGCCGGAAACGGAGGCUAGCCAAUAUUAUGACACCCUCGAUUUCUGAUACUACGAAAUCGUGGGUAAAUACCAUACAGACAGACUUUCUAUGAAGUAUCCCAUAUCUAUAUCAUUUGUACUACUAGAUAUCGAUGAGUGCCUCAUUAUAAGCCAUGCUUGUGACGUGACUGCAAAUUGUACCAACACUGACGGCUCAUACAACUGCACCUGUAAGGAAGGAUACACUGGGGACGGAGAGUCAUGCCGAGGUAUAAUCACUGCAUUAGACUUAGCAAAUACAAAAAAGAGUGUAGCGAUGGCAACCAUGAUUGCCAUGUUAAUUCCAACUGUAAGAACACAGAUGGUUCUCAUAUUUGUACUUGCAAAGAAGGAUACACUGGAGAUGGACAGUCAUAUCAAGGUGAAUAAAAGUAGCCUACGCUAUUUAAAACAAGCAGCUUUGCACAUAAGCUUUCGCCAACGGAGAUUAGUCUUCAUUUUUGAGGCCUAUUUGCACGCACCACUCUCGUACACUCUAUUGCAUCACCUUUAAUACAUCACUUAUGCUUCUAGAUAUCGACGAAUGCAGCAAAGGAAGCCAUGAUUGUGACGUUAAUGCGAAUUGCACCAACACUGACGGCUCCCACAGCUGCACCUGUAGGGAAGGAUACACUGGAAAAGGAGAGUCAUGCCAAGGUAAAAUUAGAUUAGACUUACAAAAAAGGGAGAUAACUGUUCACCACAAAUAACUACCUCGUUAUCCAACAAACUGGCUAAGAUUUUUUUCUCUUAAUUCAGUUACAAAUCUAUUGUGUUCACAAAUAUUGAUGAUUGUAACGAUGAUGUUUGUGAUGCUAAUACUAACUGUACCAGCACUAAUGGUUCUCAUAAUUGCAUCUGAAAGGAAGGAUACAUUGAAGAUGGACAGUCUUGUCAAUGUAGAUUAGAACAGCGAUACUUCAUGCCGAGCAAAGCAGCUUUCCAUAAUAAGUAUUUUCUUCGUAACUGAGGUCAUUAUCACGAGCCGGAAACGUAAUGAUUUUCAGGCCCCGACCACGUAUUUCUAUAAAGUUACGGGUUUCAUCAUAAAUAUACAUACACAUUUUUUCGACAAUACGCGUAGAUAUUUUACGAGUUGCUAAGUAUUUUUUCGAGUCCAGAAGGAACGACGAUAAAUAAGAGCAAUGAACAAGAUCUCUUCUCGUAUUGUAUAAUAAACCAUCGAAUGAGGGAUUCAUCAUUCCAACAUUACCUGGAAUAUUUUUCUCGAAUAUGACGCCACGCUCGGACACUCGGAUAGCCAACCCCCCCCCCCAACCUCCCCUCCCUUAUUUUUUUAAUAGUACAGAUACAAGGAAAAUAUGUUUCUACUGCCACGCAUUUUAAAAACUUUUCAACCCUCAACAACAGCGCGAUCAGUACAGCAGAGUAAUUUUAUUUUCCACACCAGAUUUUUUUCUACUUUCACGUGCUUGCAGAGUUCCUUUAUGUAUUAUCUAUUCUUUUGACUUUUGCCCUAUUGCUGAAGUAUCUUAAGAAGCGCCCCUCUCGACUAAUCUCGGCUAAUGUAAUUUAACUUUGUAGGCAAUCCGUGUUAAAAUUACCAAAACCUGAGUAAUACCAUUAGAAAGAGCAAUUACUCAACACCGGUAAGCGGACUAGCCUUUCUAUCAGGGGUGGUGGGGGUGGUUAAGGCAUUUUUCUUUGACUGGCAAAGUUUUGGAAUUAAUCAUACAUAUUACUCACCGGAGAACUCCUAAAACUUGCAUUAGUCUUUAAUUCUGAGAAAUUCUUGAGGCUACGUCAUUGUGAAAAGAACUGUGAACGUAGAAGUAGAGCGCGAUACGUAUUGAGAUAGGGAAAGAAACAAAGAGAAUAUACUUGCAUUCCUACAAACCUGUUUCGAGACCACUCAUUCAUCAGGGGGUGUUAUAUAUCUAUAUAAUAAGCUUAGUUAUGCACGCAUUCUGAUUGGUUCUCACUUAUGAUCUAUUGGAGGACAGACGUAUAGAUGAUGUCAUCAUUAAAUAUAUAUAUAUAUAUAUAUAUAUAUAUAUAUGUAUUACAUAUAUGUAUUAUAUAUAUAUUAAAUAUAUAUAUAUAAUACAUAUAUAAAUUGAGUUAGGGGAAAAACAAAGAGACGAAGAGCCUGUUUUGUGAUUACAUCACUCUUAUGUCGUGAUUAAAACAACAAUAAAAUUUCCCUUUCACAAUUAUUAUUCAACUUUUUAGCCGAUCCAUGUUAUAAUUACCACAACCUAAGUGAUGCCACAAGGAAAAGCAGUUACAUUACACCGCUCUCUGGUCCAGUGUUUUGUGACUACCCACUCACCGAGAGAUGGUACCGUUUUGUGGGAGCUGCGGGAACUAAAAUGCCAACAACACGUGUACCAGCAUACAAAUGUGGUACAGACUGGUCAGGCUGGUUGGAUGGUGUUCAUCCUAUAGUAGAAGAUGGUGAAGUUUUCAGGAGGGUCUGCUUUAGCGAUCGUCCUACAGGUUGCAAAUACUCAAUCGAAAUUUCAGUUACAAAUUGUGGAUCAUUUUAUAUCUACAAACUUGCUCAGCCCCCCUAUUGUUCUUCGCGUUACUGCAGCACGGACUAAAUCUGAGUCUAAUAACUUCACAAAACGAGACAAGUCAUAAAAAGUUCCUUUACGACUUACAGUCCCCUCCCUAUCGUAAUCGUUAAUACCAUCGUUAUAACCUGGUGCAUACUGGCAAAUUUUUAUGUCGGUGGCGAACUAUUAACUGUUAUAAAUAUUAAGAGUUCUAAUGAUGGUGGGCAUUAAAUAUCAUUUACAUCAUUUAAGAAGACUUCUUGCCUGAAAAAAUGAUAAGCGAAAACUGUCAAAUCCACUUAACUACAACUUUGUACAUCAUUUAAUAACGUUUAACAUUUUUGACAAGUUUCUCUAUUAUUUCAUCAAGAGCUUUAUCACCAUUGGAUGAAUUUUCCUAUUGCAGUGAUAGGAUAAACAAAGAACACUUGCCCGAAAAAAAAAUCAAGCAUAAAAAAAAUAACAGUUAGUUUGUAGACAAAUUGGAUCUUUCGAUAUCUACAAACUUGCUAAGUCAUACGCAUGUAAUUUGCGUUUCUGUGCCUCGAAAUAAACUGACUUAAUAAUUCGCCUUAGUGUUAUAACAUUAGUUACGUGGACCUCUUGCUAACAAAUUAAGUAUUAAAAAAAAAGAUAGAGACAGACAUGCAUGUAGAAUAUUCAUUUCGAAUGCCUCAGUCCAGUAGCUUUAGAGAUAAAAGCUGAACAAGGAAAUCCAGAAUGCCUUUAGUUAUCGCCAAGUACUUAUAUUUUCUUGAAAAAAAUAUUGAUUGAAGUCUGUGACUCUGUGUCAUCUCGAAAAAAUUGAGAUUUAAGGACACAUGAUAAAAAGCUGAGAAGUAUAUUCCAUUUAUCAUUCACAGCACCUUCUGUAUUUAUGGGGUUCAAAAAUGUUUCGGCUUUAUAACAAAAUAUUCCGUGAUAAAAGCCAUGUGUCAAAGGUGGCCUGCCAUCCGUAGUCAAUUUGCUAUGUAAUCACCAUUAAACUGUGACUGCUAUGAAUUUGAAGCAAAAGUUUAAGUUAAAACCAUUGAAAAUAACUUCGGUUUGCACAAAUCUGGUGCUCAGAUCCUUUUAAACCCAUGGUCAUCAGCGGAUUACACCGUAAUUUCGGUCCCAGACUCCCGUUUCCCGUUCUCCUUUCCUCGUUCUCCGUUCCUCGCUCACCGUUCUCGUUCUCCGUUCCUCAUUCUCCGUUCCCCGUUCCUCGUUCUCCCUUCUCCGUUCUCCCUUCUCCGUUCUCCUUUCUUCGUUCCCCGUUCUCCGUUCCUCGUUCUCCGUUCUCCGUUCUCCGUUCUCCGUUCUCCGUUCUCCGUUCUCCGUUCUCCGUUCCCCGUUCCCCGUUCUCCGUUCCUCGUUCUCCGUUCCCCGCUCUAAGUUUACCGUUCCCUGUUCCUCGUUCCUCGAUCAUCGUUGCCCGUUCUUCGUUCCUCGUUGAAGUAACAUCCUACUACUGCUAUGGCGCAAUACUUGUCAGUUCAAACAGCGAUUUCUGAAACAUCUUAGUACCAUGGGCGCUUUUUUAAUGCUCAGAUUUAACUUGGAUCGAAAAAAGUCUUAGACUGGUUUACACCCGGUGGAGUUUACUAACGGGCUGGUGCAAAUCCUGUCAGCUAUUUGGGUGCAACAGCAGGAAAAAAAGAUCAAAUUUCGUAGCCUAGAACCCCUUCCGAAUCCUGAACCUGAUGAAAAAUUUCAAGAGAGUCAGCCAGUCAGCCGUGUGUUCUUGAAUUGGUUGAUCAUGAAAAAAGGAAUUUUUUUUUUCGUAAGUUCUGUUUUUUUUUCUUUUGUUAUGCAAAAUUGUAGUCGAUUUUUAGCUUACCAGUCGAUUCGUACCAGCUCGGACCUUUCGCACUCAGGAUAAUUUAUUAUUAUCUACUGAGUUGGUAACGUAAAUUGGUUCCCAUGAAGAGUUUAAAAGCGUUUCGAGCGUUAGCCCUUCGUCCAAUCGCUCUGACGAAGGGCUGACUCUCGAAACGUCAGCUUUUAAAUUCUUUGCUGUGGCCAAUUUACGAUAUCAACUUAGUUGAUAAUACUUGAUUACCCUGUUAUACUCCCAAUCGACGCAGCACCUGAGUUUCUUUAGAAACGUAACACCUAUAUCCUUUCGUACUUAGUCAGUUUAAUCGCUUAAAGUCCAAACAAAUAAAGUUUUUUUACAACACUUUGACCCAUAAUUUCUCUUUUCAAUAUCACCCCUGAAUCAAACAUGAAUGUCUGAAAGAAAAUGAUCUCCUACAAAAGAAACUCUUGACUGUUAAGCGAAUUCUCCAAGUCAACUCUGUAGGUAAUAUAUAUCUAAUGGUAUGGAAAAUAUGUAUACUGAUGUUAGGGUGCAAAGAAUUAAUGCCAAAUGUAUAUUUAUCUAUACUUUUGACAUUAGAAGAGCUUAGAAGAGCAUACGAAAAUAGGUGGGGGUUAAAUCUUUAUUAAAGUGCAAGAAGACGGUAGAUACAUAAGGCAAAUAACAGUUUCAUGGUAGAUAUCGAAUUUGGAAUACGUAUUCUAGUUAUGAGCUAAUUUUUACCAUGUUUUCUUAAAGGUUACUGAGCCACCAGCGACUUGACCUUCAAACAAUGACACAGAAAUGAAGCGGAAGCGAUCAUUAAAGGAUGCAAGUAGUCUAACUACCUCAUCGCGGUACAAGUGAGGGUUGAUAACCCGCCCCUUCUUCGCAUUCCUUACUUUUUUUUUUAAAGGACAAUAAAGCACUCCUUACGAUCGAGCCACCAGGAACUUGAAUCUCAAAAGAAAAAAGAAAAAAAAGAACAAAGGAAUAAACGAAAAAGAAAAAUUAACCAAAAGCAAACAUUUAGGCGUUUAAGCUGACUAACUACCCCUUUACCCACCCCUUUCCUUUGUUAUAGUUUUUCUUGCUCUUUCGAAAAUUUUGGAUGGACAGUUACGAAAACUAAACUUAGAGGAAAAAUUGUUGAUUAAUCGCGUUGACAUGCUUAUGAGGGUGUGAUAUCGUCAAAGAGCCACCGGCUAGAUUUCUAAAUCCGCCAACAGGCCAUUGAGUUGAACGCAUGACGGAACCAAACAACUCGAACGGAAAUAUCCGUGUUAUUAAAUUUUCAAUCCUGGAUAUUUCAUCUCUAGUGUUAAAAGUUUUUUGCAUUUGCAUGAAAAAGGAACGACUGGAACGAUGUCAAUGGCAAUUCGGAAAUGUUUUCAAAGAAAGAUAAUGAUUCCUUUUGGCAACCUAAAUGCAUAAGCAAUUCUUACACGUUUAAGGCUUACAACUAAUACUCAUCGUCAUGCACCCCUAACAUCAUCGAUCAUCGUUGCAUGAAUCUGCUGCGGAUUUAAAAGUGUCAUCUACAGUGGCAAAGCAGGACUUGAUCUAAACCCUAACCCUGCGCAAGAUGGACGAUUUAUUACUUUAUUCAUUAAGUGUAAAUAAUUGGCACAAAUAAAUCGCACACAAACAAUAGAAUUGACUCAGGAUGGCGGCGGCGGCGGGACGAGCCCACAGGUUCGUUCUCUCAUCGGUAACAUCACUUCAACUUAUUAACUUGAUACUUGCUCUAUUGCCCUUUCGAUGUGACUUUGAAAUGGUUCAUCUGUACAGCACUGAAAGUAAGAUUGUCCGGUUCCAGAAGCACCCGAAGCCUAUGUCCGCUGUUCUCCAAAGUCAAAGUCCCUUAUUAUUCAAAUCCCACCUCGUCCUUUGCCAUCAACCGCAUUUUGUUAUUAUUGUGGCUCAAAGUCCAGGCAGGAAACUACAAGUCAUUCCUGAUAUGCAUGGCUUAUAAGCCUCUUUCCACGACUAAAGGUUACUUUGGUGUUAUUUCUGCCAUUCAUAUCUUAGGCGACCUGAACUACAUUCUUCUAAAGUCAUCUGAUCCUGCUUUUCAAGCGAUCAUCAACUUCUGUAUUUCACUUAAUUCAACUCAAUUGAUAAAUCAGCCCACAAGGAUCACUGAGUCAUCUGCAACUUUGAUGAAUGUCAUCCUCGCGUCAAAUAAAAACCUAGUAAGACAUACAAAGGUCAUAUCUGUUUCUAUUAGCGACCACUAAUUAGUUUAUGCUGUUCUUAAACUUCGGCGACAACGUCCUAGGUAGGUAUACAUUACGACUAAGAAUUUCAAGAAUUAUCAACAUAAGUCUUUUCUCCAAGAUAUUUCUCAAGUCCCUUGGUCUGCUGUCGACUGUUUUGACAACAUCGAAUUUAGCUAUAAUGCGUUCAAUCUUUUAUUCAAAGAAGUCCUGGAUGAACACACACCAAAAAAAAAAACAAAAAAAAAAGAUGAAAUUACUGAGCCGACCAAACCUGUAUAUUACGGACAAGGUAAGAGAACUUAUUAAAAUAAGGGAGUAUUGGCGGAAGUUAGCGAGAAGAACCGGCGAUCUAGACGCUUGGAUGAAAUACAGGAGUCUUAAACGCAAAGUUAAGAGGGAAAUUAGACAGACAGAACGCGAGUCCAUAGCGGAUCAAGUCAAGAUAUCAUGUAUUCCUAAGAAGUCUACCAGCCAGAGAUCGUUUAGCAGGGAUGAUAAGACGGUAGCUGACGAGUUUAAUCGUUUCUUUACCUCGGUUGGACAUGCUGACAAAAUUAAUUCACUCGUUUUGUCAAUGUAAUUACAACUUCUCAAAGCUAACUUUUGUUCCAUCGAAACACCUAAAGGCCAAUCAAUUCAAUUUUAAGACAGUGGAAUGCUCACAAGUUGCAGAAGUUGUUCUGUCAAUGUCAUGAAACAAGUCACUUGGGAUUGAUAAAAUCACUACUAGUGUGAUUAAAGACAGCCUCCCCGCCUCACCUACUAGUGGCAUUUUUCCGCGUGCCUAGAAGAUGGCUGAGGUUUGACCGAUCUUAAAAGAUGGCGACCACGAGGAACCAAACAAUAACAGUCCCAUCUCUCUCCAGCCCAUUCUGUUUAAGAUAUGUAAGAGAAUUGGUCUCAGUCAACUCGUGCUACAGUUGAAUAAAAAAUAAUCCGGCUACGCCGCACAGUGGUAACAGGAAACACCGCUCAACAGAGACUUCACUAAUGCGCACUGCUGAAACCAUCCUAAGCGGCAUAGACAAAAAGAAAGUAACUGCGGUUGUCUUAUUAGAUAUGGGUAAGGCAUUUGACAGCAUAAACUAUGAAGUCUGGUAAAUAAAUUGCAGGACACUGGCAUUUUACCCUUCGGCAUCACUUGGUUUAACAGUUAUUUAUCUGAAAGACAUCAAGUCGUCCAUUUAAACAAUGAACUGUCAGAGCCACUACCCGUGGAAAGUGGCGUCCCACAAAGCAGUGUCCAAGGGCUUAUCCUACUUAGUAUCUACGUGAACGUCUAUCAUCUAUAUCUCCUUUCGAAUGCAAGACUGAGCAAAAUCUGUAUCUGAUAUUGAUGAUGAUCUCAGAAUUCUUAAUUGGUGCUUCGAUAAUCGUCUUCUUCUCAACCCGGAUAAGACGGAGCUCAUGCUAUAGUGAAAUUGCCGAAUACUCUCCAACCUCCCUGACGUCCGUCUUUCUUCGUUGGGGAAUGAUCUUAUACCCGCAAAAGCCAUUAAAGAUCUUAGCGUUACAUUUGAUCCGAACCUCACUUUUUACGAUCACAUCCUUAAAACUGUUUCGUCCUGUAUGCCAGGCCAGCCUUACUCAAAUCAGUCGUGUUAAGCAUAUGUUUGAUAAAAAUACUUUGAUGGCAAUAAUUAAUGCCCUCGUAUUCAGUAACCUGUUUUAUCGUUCAUCCGUUUGGUCGAAUACAGCAACCACACAUCUACUUAAGCUUCAAGCUGAACAGAACUUCGCCGCCCGGAUAAUCAGCGACACCAGGAAGUUCGAUAACAUAACUCCAAUCUUGAAGGAUUUACGCCGGCGGCUUCCAGUCAAAUCGCAGCUAUGCUAUUGCGAUGUUGUACUUGUAUUCAAAUGUAUGUCUGGUCUAACGCGCCCUUAUCUUGCCUUGCGUUUCUUAAAGCGAGGAGAGGUAUGUGGUCGCGUCAUCCGAAAUUCCCACCUCCUCAACAUUCCUUGUUUUAAUAGCGCUGCAGGACAGAAGACCUUUUAUAUCGAACAUUUUCGUUAGAGAAUUAUUCAGACCAUACUUUUAAGUUACGCGAGUCUGUUUUUGUUUGUAAAAGAAAAUGAAGAAAUAAACUCCUAUGUGGAUUUUUUUAACUUCUUAACAUAUUGUAAUUUUUAUCGUAUUUUGUUGUAAUUUUUAUAGCAAUUGCAUCGUAAUUUUAUCCUACAUAUUUUAAUUUUAGACGACGAAUACCGAAAAGCCCUCCUGGGGAGAGUUAAUGGAUUUUUUAUCAUAUAAACUAUGGUGUUAUACAAGGAUUUCAGCACUGAAAAAAAGCGUAACAACACAAGGGAAAAAAUAUUUUUUCACGUGUGUUUGACAUCGCCAAUUAGUGCCGUUCGCGCCACUCGGUCAGGUUUUUUUUUUUUUUUUCACUUUUUCACACUUUUAUUUUUCAUUUUCUUACAUAUUACAAGAUAUUCCUUUAAUAUUCCGCUAAUCGAGGGGGGUCAAAUUUGUUUAUUUAUUCAUUCAUUUUUUACUGACUUAAUCUAAUUACACUGGAAAUAAAACGAAAAUGAAGAAAUAUAACAAAACAGGACAAAAAGAUACGCAAAAAAAAAAAAAGAAAAGAAAAAUAGAAAAAAAGGAAAAUGGCAGAUGUUCGUUGUAAAGGAGAAAAAGAUCCUCGCGUUUCUAAGUGUACGAAAAAUAUUGUAAAACUGGUUUAAUUUGAUUCAAUUUUGGUGUGUUUGAAUUUUAGUAUUAUCUCAUAAGGCUCCAUAUAAGAAUCUUCAGUUUCUAGAAUAUUGAGAAGAGCUCUUUUUGUUUCUUUUUUAAAGGAUUUCUUUGACAAAUUUUUGUAUUCAUUUGGCAUCUCAUUCCAGACUUUGACACCAACACGCGAAAAGGCUUUUUUUUUUGCAUUUUAAGCCUAGAGUACUUAACGCUAAAGAAUUGUGACGUUGAUGAGCGAGUAUUAUAUGUAUGGAUGUUUGAAGUUCUCGUAAAAAGUUUCGUGAUGUUAGAAGGUGCACCGUCGUUAUGAACAUCAAACAUUAAUUUACAUACCGCUUCAUAAUAUAAGAAGGUAAUAGGCAGAAUUUUCGCAUUAACAAAUAAGGGGAUUGCAUAUUCAUUUCUAUCAACAAAGGAGAUUAGAAUUAUUACUCGCUUUUGGAGAACAACAAUUUUGUUUAGAUAGUUUUUUGACGCAUUACCUCAAGCAACGAGUCCAUAAGUUAAAUAAGGUAAAACUAAGGAUUUAUUAAUAUUUGUGAGUACAGAUGAUGGAACAAAGUGUCUCAGCUUAGCAAUCAUUCCUAUGGUCUUGCUUAUUUUAGUGAUAACACAGUCCAAAUGGUUUUUCCAAGAAAGAUUUUCAUCGAUCAAAACACCUAAAUACUUGAUAUAACUCUUAUGUUCCAAGCUGACUCUUCUAUUUUUUUCACAAGCAAAUAUACUUAUUUGAGGAAGAUAACGGAUUUUCUUUUGUUUAAGGCGAAAGGACAGGAGAUAAAAUAUUACACGAACGUUUAAGAAAUUGCGUAGGACAAGAGUAUAAACCAUACGAUUUGUUGUUUGGUAGUGAUAGAAUUUCUUGUUUAACGUCAUCUUGGGAAAUCGGUUUGGAAAAAAAGGAAGAAUCAGGCGAUUUUAAUUUCUUGAGAUAAUCCAUAUGAUUGCUUUUGGUGGGUAGUUUACUCGCUAGUUUGGUACCAACACUUGCAAAAUGUUGGUUUUUUUUUGGUUUGGUUUCAGGUUGAUGAAUGAACGGCGAAGCCUUCACCAAUCUCAAUCCAAGGUCGUUUGUCGGAAUUUUUUCGGAUUAUGGCUGCUAAAACAUUAGAAAAAUCCGUAUCGCUUACGGGCAGUGACGUUCAAACUUACCUGGAAGGAAAAGAAAACCAAAAUACUGAAAGAAAAACCCGAAAGUUACGUAUUCAGUAGCUUUGGUAAUGGUAUUUCGACAACUGAAAUAUUUGCCACAGGCCGACUUAUAUGGCAUUGUUUUGUAACCUCCUCCUUCUUGAGACUCUCUCCAUUUCCCAUGCCCCUAGCCAGUUGAUAACUCGCGCUGGGUUGACGCGAAAGUUAUUCCUGUUAUCGUUUUCUUUAUUUUCACUUUCUUUUAACGAGGGCGGCUUCUAGAGUCCUGCAGUUAGUCGCUACUUGGAUAUGCGUAACAGGGAGUGAUAAGCCCGCAACAAAGUGUAGAGUUUUGUCAACGUUUCGAGGUUUUGAAGAUUUAAGAUAGGGGCACUAAAAGAAAGAAAGGAAGAAAGAAAGAGGAAAGAGGAAAAUGAAAGAAAGCGAGAAAAAAAAAGGGAUAGGCAAGGAAAACUGCUACCCAGUUAUUUUCUUUGGACUAGGGAAAAAAAACUAAGCUCUUAACGAACUAGAAAAUACCUAAAAGCAAGAUGUGGUUACCUACAUCAUUAAUAGUUGCGAAACUGAAACUCGAAACUGAAAGCCACGCCGACAAACAGACUUCUAGAAUUACGAUUCUGUGUUUACCAUUUAUGAUCAUAAGCUAAAACUUCGAAUGAAAGGUAUCGUCUGAUGAUUUUUUCACGCCAGUAACUUCGUUUUUCAGCAUCUUAAGAGUGACGUAAAUCCGGCAUCCACGCCUAGAGAUCUCAUCUGAGAUGGCGUCGUGAGAAAACGAGACUCUUUGGAUCAUAUCCAUCCAAAACCUGCAAAUCUUGGGGAACACCUCUCCACUACGGGAAGCAAAGAUCUAUUGACAGCUGCCAAUCGUCUCCUAGAUCCCACCGAAGAGUUAUGGUCAUUUUGGUUGCUAUUACAGUGGCAAUUCCGCAAUCAUCGCGGCAGUGUACAUUGGAAAAUACGUUUCGGAAUACCUUAUAACAGGAAAGGUAAGUAUUGAUGUCCCUCAAUUUUUGUUAUUUAUUUAGACGUCAACCUUAAAAAAAAACCAACAUAUUUGAACAAAAGAUAGAAGUGGGUCGAAAUUCCAGCACAUCGAUGUGUCAUUGUCGAUGUCCUAGUAGUAGAAAUUAAUCAUCUCAUUUUCACAUAAAGCUUAGAGCUAGCGCAUAUAUUAAUCAAUCGAUGUAUGGACAAGACGAUAAAGUAAGUAUUCAGUUUGAUCAUGUUAAUGGUAAGCCAUUAAAGAAGGAAACACGUAGGAGCACUUUCGUCCGCGCUGUCCAAACCCUGCCAGAUUGAUUUUUCAAAUUCGACAUCAAAAGCUUCGUAAAUUCAAAAAAGAAACCAAUUUCUACAAAGUAAAAAUUCUAAGCUGGCGUUUUUUUCCUCUCACCGAUGUAAGAGUAAGAGCGUUAAGUUUAAAAUAUGCUUUGAAAAACAAAGAGGCAAGCGAUGCGUUGACAGAACAUGUAUGAGCACAUAAGUGGCUGCCGUGACCGUAGCCUCUUUAGGAGACUUAAAAGCAUUGCAGCGCAAAAUUUCAAUUGUGUAGUGUUAUCUACCUGUUUGAAUUACCCAGUGGGUAACCAAGCGUGCGUUUCUUAAAACGGCUCCUAAAUACAACCAAAAGUUACAAAGUGGUCAAUAAUGAGCUGAUAACUAUUGUUCCAGUUAUUGUCCUAAUUCAUCAGUUAGCUUUAGAGUAGUAAUAAAUUAGUUCUUUUAUGGAGCCUGGGAAAAUAUCUACAUCAUUCCACGCCUUUUGAAAGGAAUCGAGUACAGUUUAAUUUUGGGAUCAUUUGCGAUCCGGACUAACUUUUUACUACAACGUUUUUAAAACUUUUCUUUUUUUUAAUAAUAAACAGCACGGCACGAAAUGAAAUACUAAAAAUUUGCUGCACUCUCCUACGCGCUUCAUAUGACAGCAGCAGGAGUUUAUACAAGUAGGCAAAUAAGCUUGCUUAGAUAUGCAUGGUAGAUACAAUGUCUAUUUUCGACCUGUACGCAAAAUGUGAAGAGAGCGGAAAGGUAUCUACGAGGUGUGACAAAAGUUUUGUACAUGGGUGACAUUUUUGAGACGUUACAUGUAAGAGUAUGUGUUGUGUAUGGUGGUCACAGAUUAAGAACUAAAUCUACGAGCUGAGUUCUAAUAAGUUUUUCACACGAAUUUCCGUUCUUGAGUCCAUGUUAUUUUGAUGUUGAAGGCAGAAAUAUGGGAGCUCUUUAUCAUUUAGUAUCCAUCGUAAUAUUUCGUCAGUCUUUCUAUUCCUCGCUUGUCAGCACUGGAAGCUAUGUAUGUGACAUAAAUGCGAACUGUACAAAAACUGACGGCUCCCACAACUGCACCUGUAGGGAGAGAUACACUGGAGACGGACAAUCAUGCCAAGGUAUAAUUUUUGCAUUAGACUGAGCAAAUAUCAGAAUAAAGCCUCGCGCGAAUAAAGCCUCGUGCUUGUUUCUCUGUCAAGUAACCUUUGGGCAAUUCAUUUUUGUCCACAGAUGUCAUUGAGUGUAGCGAUGGCAACCAUGUUUGCCAUGUUAAUUCCAACUGUAACAACACAAAUGGUUCUCAUAUUUGUACCUGCAAAGAAGGAUACACUGGAGAUGGACAGUCAUGUCAAGGUAAAUAAGAGUAGCCUACACUAUUUAAAACAAGCAGCUUUAAACAUAAGCUAUCGCUCAAAGAAAUUGGCCCACGUUUUAGAGACCUGUUUUCACGCACCACUAUCGUAUUUUUAUUAAAUUACCUUUUAUACAUUACUUAUGUUUCUAGAUAUCGAUGAAUGCAGCAAUGGAAGCCACGAUUGUGACGUAAAUGCGAAUUGCACCAACACUAAUGGCUCAUAUAGCUGCACCUGUGAGGAAGGAUACACUGGAAAAGGAGUCAUGCCAAGGUAAAAUUAGAUUAGACUUUGAAAAAAGCAGAUUAACUGUUUAUCACAAAUAAUUGUCUUGUUAUCCAACAAACUGACUAGGAGCAAUGAGCAAGAUUUUCUUCUUGUAUUAUAUGAUAAACCGUCGAGUAAGCGAUUUAUCAUUUCACCAUUACCUGGGAUAUUUUUCUCAAAAAUGCGGCCAUGCUCGGAUAACACCCCCCCCCCCCCACCAAAAAUUUCCGUCUUUCUUGCACUGUCUCCACACAGGACGCUUACUACAUUGCUGAUACUAGAAGCAUGUUCUUUACUCGUUACAAAUCUUUACCAUAUCUCUCAACCGAGGAUGUUUUCCUGUAAACAUUGAAGAGUACAGUGAGGAUUAUGUCGUCAAAAUGAACGACUGCCAUCCUAAUGCCUCUUGCGUAAAUACCCAGGGCUCACACUACUUCUCUUGCAAUCUUACCUAUUUUGGGAAUGGUUCUAUAUGUGAAGGUAAGUUUGUUAUAUUCAGGCCUCGUGACUUGAUAAUGUACGUCUUUUUUAAUGUUAUCAAGGAGCACGCAGAGUUUGUAAUACAAAUGUUUGAUAAGUGGAAGCAUAAAUCCUUGUCGCCUAAUACGCUAAGAAAUUACUGUCACUUUUAAUUCUAUUCGAACUUUAAUCACAUUUAACCUAUUUUGGGGGUGAGGGGAAGGGGGUGGCUGGAGAGUUUGUUCUUGUCUUACCAGGCAAAAUUUCGGACUAAAUUAUAUGCGUAAUAAAAUAAUUUAUUGUCCGUAAAACUCACGAUAUUAUUAAAAGUCUGCAACCUUAAUGCUUCGUCAUUAUGAAAAGAUCGAUGAAAAUUUCUCCUCACUAAUGUAAUUUAACUUUGUAGGCGAUCCGUGUAAAAAUUGCAAAAACCUAAGUGAGUAGUAAGGUAUUAAAAAGAGCAGCUACUCAACACUGGUACACGGACUAGCCUUUUAUUAGGGGUGGUGGGGGUGGUCAGGGCAUUUGUCUUUGACUGGCAAAGUUUUGAACUAAAUCAUAUAUGUUAAUCACCGAAGAACUCACGAAACUUGGAUUAGUCUUUAAUUCUGAGGGAUUCUUGAGGCUACGUCAUUGUAAUAAGAACAGUGAAAUUUCUUUCGUUAUCAUUAUUGUUAUAGUUAUCAUUAUUCAACUUUAAUUUCUACAAUAUUUUUCGUACACUUAGAAACUCAAGACCUUUUCUCCUUUUUAAUGAAUGUUUUUUUAGUUUCUUGAGUAUCUAUUGUCUUUUUACGUGACAUUUCACUUCAUUUCUGUAUUAUUUCCAUCAUUGUGAUAAGAACAGUGAAAAUUUCUCUUGUUAUUAUUAUCAUUAUUAUUGAACUUUAAUUUGCAGCCGAUCCGUGUUAUAAGUAUCAGAACCUGAGUGAUGUCGCUGGAAAAACAGUUACUCAACACCAAUCGGUGCAGAGUUAUGUGACAACCUACUCCCCUACUCCCCGAGGGGGAGUAGGGGAGUAGUAUCUGUUAUAGAUAGUAUCUGUUAAGUGCCCUUGACAGAUAUUGUUAGACGAAUGUUAUAGAGAAAUCUUGUCAAACAGUUUUUAGAGUCGGUCUAGGAAAUUGCUCGAUAUAUUUUACACAACUUCAGAAUUUUUCUUUCUGAGAAAAAGCCUCGCUGAUUAGUGACUUUGAAUGAAUUAGUUCUUUUUUCGACAUUGACAUUUACCCCUUUACUCCACUCAAUUUUCUGUUAAACCCUUGGUAUGAGGUUGCCUCUUCUUGCUAACCAACUUAUGACUCUUAUUGCGCCAUUGCUUUUUCUAUGAUUUAGAGCUGAAUUCCGUGUGACUGGAUACUAUUACGGAAUGGGGAGGACAGGCAGGGAAGUGGGUGCAACUUCCACAAGUUAAGUCAUCUUUCAAUAUUUGACAACGGAAGCAAGUUUUUCGUUCCCCCCCCUCUCACUUCUCAUCCCAGUUUCCGGAUCCCAAGAGCGCACUUUAGAUAGUGCAGUAGUUUAAAAGAUUGUCGCAUUUGCAUGAAAAAGGGUAGCUACUAGAACGAUGUCAACGGCAAUUCGGAAAUGUUUCCAAAGGAAGAUAGUGAUCCCUUUUGGCGACCCUAAUGCAUAAGCAACUCUAAGUAAGGCUUGCAACUGUUACCCAUCGUCAUGCACCCUCAAAAUCAUAACCCAUCAUCGAUCAUCGUGGAUCUAACAGUGUCAUUUACAGUGGUAGAGAAGGACUUUCUUGAUCUUAACUCUAAUCAAAAGCAAGAUAGGCGAUUUAUUGCUUCAUUUGUUAAGUGUAAAUAAUUGACAGAAAUAAAUUGCACACAAACAAUGGUGUGUUUUGCCUGUGGCACAAUGUCGUCUAUCAGGGAACAGAUGCAUGGCAACACAUAUAGAUUUGUUUAUCAACUAUUCAUAAUUCAACUGAACUUAAUCAUUGACAGUUGUUGCUAAUAGAUUCUUCUGUGGUCCUCCUCCUUCUUGGGAAAGGAAAGACAAGAAAAACUGCUAACCAGCAAUUUUCUUUUGAAAAGGAAAAGAAACGGGUUCCUAUCGUAUUGGAAAAUACCUAAGAAGCAACAUGUGGCUCGAACACGUUUAUGCAUAAAAUGUCACGCAUGACUAAAUCAUCAACAGUUACGAAACUGAAACUCAAGUCAACUCGAAGAACAGACUUUAAGAAUUGCGAAAGUUGCUGUGUUUGCCUUUCAUGAUCAUAAGCUAACGCUUCGAAUGAAGGGAACUAUCUGCCUGGUGAUUUUUUCACGCUAGUAACUUUUUUCUCAGCAUCUUAAGAGUGAAGUAAAUCCUGCAUCCAUGCCUAGAGAUCUCAUCUGCGAUGGCGUCGUCAAAAAACGAAACUAUCUCUUUGGAUCAUAUCCAUCGAGAACCUGCAAAUCCUGGAGAACAACUCUCCAUUACGGGAAGCAGAGAUCUAUUGACAGCUGCCAUUCGUCCGCCUAGAUCCCGCCGAAGAGUUAUUGUCAUUCUUGUUGCUAUUGCAGUGGCAAUCGUCGCGGCAGUGUUCAUUGGAAAACAAGUUUCGAAAUACCUUAGUGAUAAUAGGAAAGGUAAGUACUGAUAUGCCCCAGUUUUUGCUAGUUAUUAAGAAUUCAACCAUAAAAGCAACAUAUUAGAACAAAAGAUAGAAGUAAGUCGAAAUUUCAGCACAUCGAUGUGUCAUUGUCGAUGUCCCCUGUAGUAGAAAGUAAUCUCAUUUUCAUAUAACGCUAAAAGCUAGCGCACAUAUAAAUCAAUCGAUAUAUGGACAAGACGAUAACUUAGGUAUUCAGUUUGAUCAUGUGUAAGGUAAGCCAUUAGAGAAGGAAACAUGUAGGAGCACCUUCAUCCAAUUUCUACAAAAUAGCGUAAAGCUGGCGUCGUUUGUCCUCUGAUCGAUAUUAGAGUAAGAACGAUAACUUAUAAAUAUGCUUUGAAAAUCAGAGGCAAGCAAUUCGUUGACAGGACAUGCACGCACAGACAAGUAACUGCGAGGCCGUGACCUUAGCCUCUUUAAAAGACUUAAAUAGCUUUCCAGUGGAAAAUGUCAAUUGUAUAAUGUUAUCCACCUGUUUGAAUUACCCAGUGGGGGGAGGUUGAAAGUAUAUGGCUCUUUCAACAUAUGAAAUUACUCCAAAAAAUACAUACAAAAGUUGCAAAUAAGUCAAUAGAGUACAGAUGUAAUUAUCUGUGUGGUUAACUAGCUUUGAGAGGGGUUUUGCAAGCGGGCGUUUCUUACAACGGUGAGAUAGGCUCCUGAAUACAACCAAAAGUUAAAAAAUGGUCAAUAACUCAGCUUGAGAUUAGUAAUAAAUAAGUCCCUUUAGGGAGCCUGGUAAAAAAAACCUUAAUCCAUGCAUUUUGAAAGGGAUCAUGCACAGUUCAAUUUUGGGAUCAUUUGCGAUCCGGAUUAACUUUUUGCUAAAACUUUUUUAACUUCUUCUUAAAAUAGUUAACAGCACUGCACGAACUGAAAUACUAAAAACUUGCUUCAUUCUCCUACGCGCCUCAUAUGACGGCAGCAGGCGUUUAUACAAGUGGGCAAAUAAGCUUCCUUAGCUAUGCAUGGUAAAUACAAUGUCUAUUUUCGACCUCUACGCAAAGUGUGAAGCAAGCGGAAAGGUAUCUAUGAGGUGUGACAAAAGUGCUGUAGAUGCGCGACAUUUUUGAGACGUUACAUGUACGAGUAGAUGUUGUGUAUGGUGGCCACAGAUUAAGAACUAAACUACGAGUUGAGUUCUGAUACAUUUAGCACACUCAUUUCAGUUCUUGAGUCCAUGCCAUUUGGAUAUAGAAGGCAGAAAUAGCAGCUCAUCCAUGGUGUGCAUUAUUUAGUACCCACGUAAAAAAUUCCGUUACAAAGGUUCAGUUAUCUUUUGCAAAUCAUUUGUGGUCACAGAUGUCAAUGAGUGCAACGAUGGCGACCGUGGUUGUGGCACGAAGGCAAAUUGUACCAUCUCUAAUGGCUCCCAAAACUGUACCUGUAAGGAAGGAUACACUGGAGACGGACAAUCUUGCCAAGGUAUAAUUUUUGCAUUAAACUGAGCAAAUAUCAGAACAAAGUUUCGCGCAAUUAAAAAAACCUCUUUACCUAAAAACUUGUUCACGGAUGUCAAUUAGUGUAGCGAUGGCAACCAUGUUUGCCAUGUUAAUUCCAACUGUAACAACACAGAUGGUUCUCAUAUUUGUACUUGCAAGGAAGGAUACACUGGUGAUGGACAGUCAUGUUAAGGUGAAUGAAAGCAGCCUACGCUAUUUAAAACAAGCAGCUUUGCACAACUAUCGCUCAUGGAAAUUAGCCCACGUUUUAGAGGCCUGUUUUGACGCACCACUAACAUAUUGCUAUUGCGUUACCUCUUAUACAUCACUUAUGCUUCUAGAUAUCGAUGAAUGCAGCAAUGGAAGCCAUGACUGUGACGUAAAUGCAAAUUGUACAAACACUAAUGGCUCCCAUAGCUGCAUCUGUAAGGAAGGAUACACUGGAAAAGGAGAGUCAUGCCAAGGUAAAAUUAGAUUAGACUUUGAAGAAAGCAGAAUAACUGUUCAUCAGAAAUAAUUGCCUUGUUAUCCGACAAACUGUUUAAAAUUUUUUUUUCGCUAUUCAGUUACCCUUAACAAAUUUAUUGUGUUCACAGAUAUUGAUAAAUGCCACGAUGAUAGUCAUGGGUGUGAUUCUAAUGUUAACUGUACCAACACAAAUGGUUCUCAUAAUUGCAUCUGUAAAGAAGGAUACAUUAUAAAUGGACAGUCUUGCCAACGUAGAUUAGAACAGCGAUACUUCAUGUCGAGCAAGGCAGCAUUUCAUAAUAAGUAUUGUCUUUGUAACUGAAGUUAUGAUCAAGAAGUAACGUGAUGAUUUUCACGCCCCGACCUCGUAUUUCUAUUAAGUUACGGGUUUCAUCGUACGCGUACAUUCACAUUUUUCGAAGGUUUAACACAUUAUACACGUGGAUACUUUACGAGUUUCUUGGUAUUCUUCCGAGCACGGAAGGAAAGGGGAUAAUUAAGAGCAAUGAGCAAAAUUUUUUCUCGUAUUAUGCGAUAAACCAUCGCUCCUGGAAAAUGUCUAUUAUUUCAAUUAUUGAAGUACACAAAAUAUCGCCCAAGGAACUAAACAUGUAUCUUGCGGAGUUUAUUCGCUCUUUUCGACUUAAAGACAGAGAAGAUUAUGAACCCUCAGGCUGACAUGCCUUGCUUCAAGUAUUGAGAGGUAUUCACCAGGACAUGAAGAUCGCUUGGAAUGACGGCGCCGUAAAACUCGGCUGCAGUGAAAAAACUAGAUAACAAACCUAAUACAUCAUUUAAAGUCUGUCCAUACGGUAUGUAAACAAUCGUUGCUUUAUAUCAAAAAUCUUACUCGUUUGCCGCGUUCACUCACUCAAUUUCCGAUAAUACGAGCUCGUGCGUAAAUACUAUACAGACAGACUUUGCAGAAAGUAUUCUAUAUCUAUAUUAUUUGUACUACUAGAUAUCGAUGAGUGCCUCGAUAGAAGCCAUGCUUGUGACGUGACUGCGAGUUGUACAAACACUGACGGCUCCUACAACUGCGCCUGUAAGCAAGGAUACACUGGGGACGGACAGUCAUGCCAGGGUAUGUUAGAUCAUACAAAGCUACUUUUAACAAUAUCCAGGGCCUGCUAAAAAAUUUCCAUACAUGGAAAGACGCAAUGUGAUUUACAAUUUCAGACAAGGAAAGUGGAGUGAAAUCCAAAAAUGAACAUCGUUUACACGGAGAAUCGUUAUUCUCACGGCCAAAUCCAGUCCUGCGAAUGCGAUCCUCCUAGUGGCUGCCUCCAAAUUGUGUAUUGUGUCGAUUAGUAUUAAACUGAGACAUGACAAGAGGCUUUGUUCCCACGCUAGAAACUGUACUUAGCAAAUGUAAGUAAACUAAGUUUGGUAGCUGAAAUGCAUUCAUGUAGAAAGAAAAACCAAUGCCAAACUUGGUUCUCGUAUAAAAGUUGCAAGAUUUUUGGUUCGCACUGUGCGAAAUGUUUGACAUAUAUAUUCCUUUAUAAGAAUAAAUUGCUGAUUCUAAAAGUAUAAAGGGUGCAAGAUAUAACCCUGUUUUAACUUGUUCUUUGCUCGUUACAAAUCUUUACUGUCUCUCAACCGAGGACGUUCUCUUCCAGACAUUGACGAGUGCAGUGAGGUUUAUGGCGUCAAAAUGAAUAACUGUCACCUCAAUGCUUCUUGCGUUAAUACCCAGGGCUCAUACAACUGCUCUUGCAAUCCUAUCUAUUUUGUGAAUGGUUCUACAUGUGAAGGUAAGUUUGUACAAAUAUUUGAUAAGAGGAGGCAUAAAUCCUUGUCACCUAAUACGCUAAUAAAUUACUGUCACUCUUGAUUCUACGCGAACUUUAACCACAUUUAACCUAUUUUGGGGGUUAGAGGGAGGAGCUGGCUAAGGAAUUUGUUCUUGUUUUGACGUAGCAAAAAUAAUUUACUGUCCAUAAAAGUGAAGAAACUAAGAAAACUAAGUCUUCAUCCUUAAUGCUUAAUGCAAGUAUGUGGCUCUUACAACAAAUGAAGUUACUCCAAUAAAUACAUCCAAAAGUUGCAAAGUGGUCAAUGAGACCAGAGGUUAUUAUCUCCGUGGUUAAAUAGCUUUGAAAGGAGUUUUGCAAGCAGUGAAGUAAGCCCCUGAAUAAAACCAAAAGUUACAAAAUGGUCAAUAAUGAGUAGAUAACUAUUGUUCCAGUUAGAAAGAAAUUUGAUGUUUGUCUCCGUGUCAAGUAACCUUUUGGCAAUUCAUUUUUGUUCACAGAUGUCAAUGAGUGUAGCAAUGGCAGCCAUGUUUGCCAUGUUAAUUCGAACUGUAACUACACAGAUGGUUCUCAUAUUUGUACUUGCAAGGAAGGAUACACUGGAGAUGGACAGUCAUGUCAAGGUGAGUGAGAACAUUACUGAAACAAGCAGCUUUGCACAUAAACAAUCGCUCAGGGAAAUAAGUUCACAUUUUAGAGGCCUGUUUUUACGCACCACUCUCGUAUUUCUAUUAGAUUACUUUUUAUACGCCAAUUAUGCUUCUAGAUAUCGAUGAAUGCAGCAAUGGAAGCCAUGAUUGUGACGUGAAUGCGAAUUGUACCAACACUAAUGGCUCCCAUAGCUGCACCUGUAAGGAAGGAUACACUGGAAAAGGAGAGUCAUGCCAAGGUAAAAUUAGAUUAGACUUAGAAAAAAAGCAUAAUAACUGUUCAUCACAAAUUAUUGUCUUGUUAUCUAACAAACUGGCUAAGAUUGUCUUUUGCUUUAUUCAGUUACCCUUUGCAAAUCUAUCGUGUUCACAGAUAUUGAUGAAUGCAACGAUGAAAGUCAUGUUUGUGAUGCUAAUGUUAACUGUACCAACACAAAUGGUUUAUAUAAUUGCAUCUGUAAGGAAGGAUACAUUAGAAAUGGACAGUCUUGCCAACGUAGAUUAGGAAAGCGAUACUUAAUGUCCAGUAAAGCAGCUUUUCAUAGUAAAUAUUGUCUUCGUAACUGAGGUUAUGAUCAAGAAGCAACUCAAUGAUUUUCACGCCCCGACCUCGUAUUUCUAUUUAGUUACGGGUUUCAUUAUAUGCAUACAUUCACAUUUUUCGAAGAUUUAAAAUAUAAUAUGCGCGGAUAUUUUACGAGUUGCUUGGUAUUUUUCCGAGCGCGAAAGGAACGAGAAUAAAUAUGAGCAAUGAGCAAGAUUUCUUCUCGUAUUAUAUGAUAAACCAUCGAAUAUGGGAUUUAUCAUUUAAUCAUUACCUGGAAUAUUUUUCUCGAAUAUGCGGCCACGCUUGGAUAACCCCUCCACCCCACCCUUCUCUCCCUCACUUUUUUAAAUAGUAUAGAUACAAGGAAAAUCUGUUUGUACAAACACACUUUUUUUAUAACUUUUCAACCUUCAACAACAGCAGAUCAGUACAGCACAAUAAUUUACUUUCAAUUUCAGAUUUUAAUGAAUCUUCAUGUGCUUGCAUAGUUCCUUUAUGUAUUAUCUUUUACUUUGAUUUUGAUGUCCUAUUGCUAAGGUAACUUAAGGCGGGGUUUCACCUGAAAAAGUGACAUUUUUGCAUCACUUGUAACAGCUAUGGUUUUCAUCAGAACCAUAGCAAACUAUACAUCACUGAAAAGCUAUUGGCCUGAAAAUUAUGAAAAUGUGUAUUUAAAUGCGGUAUAUAUUUUUGUAACCUGAUACCAAGCCCUUUGAAUAGCACAUGCCGUGGCUGACCUGGACCUACUUGAGAAAAGAUUUUUACAUAUAGUUUCACAUGAAACAUGUAUUUUUAUUAUUUUUCUCAAGUAAACUGCUUACUGGGAUGAAUGAAGGAUUGUGUCAACUUCUUGCAAGCACUUACUGUCUUUCAGACCAAAGGCAUGGCUGGUAUACGAGCCAGCAGGAAUAGAGUUUUUCUAUUAUCCUCUUUCUGCAUUUAGCUUCUUAGUGAAAGUGAAAAACGGUAGAUACUGCAGAAAAAUGGAUUACCGUAGCCCCAUGAUGCUUGUGGUUUGGGCAUCGUACCCAGACCAUCAAGUUCAUUUACUCAUUUGGGUUCUGGGUCAUGACAUUAACAUACCUCUCAAGGAACUUAGAGGUGUUUUCUUUAGGAGUUGGGUUUGCUUAUGUUCAAACACAAUGAAAAAUACAUCAGAGGAAAAAUAAUAGUAAUUACAACUGAACAAUUCUAAUUUUAUUUGAGAGUUAAACUUCAUUACAAAACCAAGCAACCACACAAUACAGUUUAAUUCUUUUGGAGCUGACUGACAUGUACCUCAGCCGGGCGAAAUAUCAAAUACAAUGAAGGAGAUGUCGCUCUUCUUCAUUCUGUCGAUGGUUAUAUCAAUGAGCUCGCACGGACUCACCUCCAUCACAUUUGUGUACCGUGGAGAACACUGAUGAUAAAAUUAUUUAAAUCCAUCAGCCUGUAUACACUCACAUCAUCUCCUGCUUCGGUUUUCUCAUCUGAAUUACCAGGGGACUCAUCAGUAGAAACGUGAAGUUUCAUUUUCUUUCGAGAAAAACUAAGCGGUUGAUCACUUUCCUCACUAAAAUCAUCUGAGAGUGCAUCACAUUGCUCAAGUGAAGGGCCAGGUUUUGAUCGAUCGAUCGAUCACUGGUUCUCUCGCUUUUGCCUUCGCUUAUUCUGACGAUUUCUCUUGUCAACGCGAUCCAGAAAAUCCUUUAACUUUUCUUUCCUUUCUGUAAAGGCUUCGCUUUUUUUAUUCCAGUCAUUCUUGUUCAAUACUCAAAUCUAUCCCAUAAUAAAAUUUUUGUCGUCCUACUCAUGUCGCAGUCACCGAGAUGUCCGGCGUAACUUAUGUGUCGUUAGGGACGUUUUGGGAAGGGUAACGAACGCGUAAACAGAAGGAAAAUUAGAAAUAACAACUUUCAUUGCCAUGACAAUGCCGUAAAGGCCUUGUACCUGUGGUCAAAAAAUACCCCGUUUCCAGGUAAAUAUUGUAAAUAGUCACGAAAAACACUUCGUAAAGCGAACUUCAUUGAUUGAAGAUGCUGAUUUCAAAGAAAACAAAAAUUCACUUUUUUCGACCAAAUUCAGGUGAAACCCCGCCUUAAGAAGCGACCCUUUCGACUAAUUCGCCAAAGCACCCAUCCUACAAAUAAGUUUAUAUGGUUUUUAUCUUUCAUGAUGAUUUAUAAACCAUUGUCCGUUUGACAAUUAGUUGUUAUUAAAGAGGAAUUUACUCUUCUUAUGUACAUGUAAACUAUAUAAUAAACCUAAUACAUUACGUAAAGUCUGUCCGUAAGAUAUGUAAAGAAUCGUUGCUUUAUAUCAAAAGUCUUUCUCGUUUGCUGCGUUCACUCCCUCUGUUGUGGUUCUUUUUUUAAAAAAACAGGAGGCGUAGAUUGUAAGACACACGCACGUUUUAUUCCGAAGCAAGAAGAACACUAAACUAAAUCACACGUGAAUAACGAUCAAUGCCUAUAUUUUAUAUGCGGUGACCUAGGUACUAAUAUGAUGACCGCUGGCCGGAAACGGAGGCCAGUCAAUAUUAUGACACUUUCGAUUUCGGAUACUACGAGCUCGUGUGUAAAUCCCAUACAGACAGACUUUCUAUGAAGUAUUCUAUAUCUAUAUCAUUUGUACUACUAGAUAUCGAUGAGUGCCUCAGUAGCAGCCAUACUUGUGACGUGACUGCAAACUGUACCAACACUGACGGCUCUCACAACUGCACCUGUAAGGAAGGAUAUACUGGGGACGGACAGUCAUGCCACGGUAUGAUCACUGCAUUAGACUUAGAAAAUAAAAAAAAAGAGAAAUCUGAUGUUUGUUUCUGUCGAGUAACGUUUUGGCAAUUCAUUUUUGUUCUCAGAUGUCAAUGAGUGUAGCGAUGGUAACCAUGUUUGCCAUGUUAAUUCAAACUGUAACAACACAGAUGGUUCUCAUAUUUGUACUUGUAAGGAAGGAUACACUGGUGAUGGAAAGUCAUGUCAAGGUGAACAAGAGUAGCCUACACUAUUUAAAACAAGCAGCUUUACAUAUAAACAAUUGCCCAUGAAAAUUAGCCCUCAUUUUAGAGACCUGUUGUCACGCACCACUGUCGUAUUUCUAUGACCAUACUUUUUGUAUAUCACUUAUGCUUCUAGAUAUCGACGAAUGCAGCAAUGGAAGCCAUGAUUGCGACGUAAAUGCGAAUUGUACAAACACUAAUGGUUCCCAUAGCUGUACCUGUAAGGAAGGAUACACUGGAAAAGGAGAGUCAUGCCAAGGUAAAAUUAGAUUAUUCAGAAUAACUGCCCAUCACAAAUAAUUGCCUUGUUCGUACGUGCCUACGUAAGUGUCCGUACGGUAUUUAAACAAUCGGUUCUUUAUAUCAAAAAUCUUAGUCGUUUUCCGCGUUCACUCCCUCAAUAUCCGAUAUUACGAGCUCGUGCGUAAAUACCAUACAGACAGACUUUCCAUAAAGUAUUCUAUGUCUAUAUCAUUUGUACUACUAGAUAUCGAUGAGUGCCUCAAUAGAAGCCAUGCUUGUGACGUGACUGCGAAUUGUACCAACACUGACGGCUCCCACAACUGCACCUGUAAGGGAGGAUACACUGGGGACGGACAGUCAUGCCACGGUAUAUUAGAUUAGACUUAGCAUCAUAGAAAGCUACUUUUAAAAAUAUCUAGGGCCUGCCUAAAAUUUUGGUACAUGAAAAGAUGCAAUGUGAUUUACAACUUCAGACGUGGCAAGUAGAGAAUGAAAUCCAAAAAUGAACAACAUUUACUCGGAGAAUCGGUAUUCCCAUGGUCAAAUCCAGUCCUGCAAAUGCGAUCCAUCUAGUGGCUAUGUAUGGAUUGACCUCCAUAUCGUGCAUUGUGUCGAUCAGUAUUGAAAUGAGAUACGAGAAGCGGCUGUGUUUACAGGCUAGAAACUGCACCUAUAUAAGUAAACUAAGUUUGGUGGCUGUAAUGCAUUUAUGUUGAAAAGAAAAACUGAUGUUAAGCUUGGUUCUCGAAUAAAAGUUGCAAGAAUUUCGGUUCAUGCUGUGCCAAAUGUUUGACACAUAUAUUCCUUUAUAAAGUACAGAGUUAAAAAGUUUCCAUCUUUCUCGCACUGUCUCUACACGGUUACCGGUCACCUCGCCACCAAGCAGACUCGCCACCAGCGAACUCGCCACCAAGGAACGAUCUCGCCACCAACGAACGAUCUCGCCACCAACGUACUCGCCACCAAGCGAAGUCUUCUCGCCACCAACCACCAAUAAAGAGAUAAACUAGAAUAAAGUAGUCGAGGAGAGUAGGAUGUUCGAACGAGCACAAUUCAAAUCGGCCGAUACGUUUGUGCGCUUGUCUGUAUUUAAAUUAUGACCUUCGGCGACGUGUUAGAUGUGUUCCGUUCCUAACUCAUUGACAUCGAAACGUAUCGUGUUUGUCUUUUGCACGUAAGCGAGGAGAAAUUGCAAAACUCGAUGCGAGGAAUAAAAACUUACUUGAGAGAAAAUGAAACUUCAUGGGAAGAAAUAAGUGAUGAAAUGAAACUCGAUAGCAGUUGUAUUAAAACUAAACUUAUCGGUUUCGAACGUGCUUUCGACAACAUACGUUUAUAAAGUUUGAAUACAGACAAGCGAACAAACUUAUCGGUUUCGAACGUGCUUUCGACAACAUACGUUUAUAAAGUUUGAGUACAGACUUAUCAGCCGAACAUCCUACUGUCCUCGACUAAUCUCUUUAUUGGUGGUUGGUGGCGAGAAGACUUCGCUUGGUGGCGAGUACGUUGGUGGCGAGAUCGUUCCUUGGUGGCGAGUUCGCUGGUGGCGAGUCUGCUUGGUGGCGAGGUGACUGGAUACCCUCUACACUGGACGCUUAUCACAUUGCUGGUACUUAAAGUAUGAAGGAUGCUAGAUAUAAAUCAGUUUUAACUUGUUCUUUGCUCGUUACAAAUCUCUGCCACAUCUCUCAACUGAGGACUUUCUCUUUUAGAUAUUGACGAGUGCAGUGAGGUUCAUGUCGUCAAAAUGAACGACUGUCAUCCUAAUGCCUCUUGCGUUAAUAGCCAGGGCUCAUACAACUGCUCUUGCAAUCCUACCUAUAUUGGGAAUGGUGUUAUAUGUAAAGGUAAGUUUGUUAUGUUCAGGCUUCGUAACCUGACUAUGAACGUCUUUAAUGUUACAAAGGAGCGCGCAGAGUUGGUAAUACAAAUAUUUGAUAAAAGGAAGCAUAAAUCCAUGUCGCCUAAUACGCAAGAAAUUACUGUCACUCUUGAUUCUAUGCGAACUUUAAUCAAAUUUAACCUAUUUUGGGGGUGAGGGGGAGGAGGUGGCUGGGGAAUUUGUUCUUUUUUUGACUGGCAAAGUUUUGGACUAAAUUAUAUGCGUAAUAAAAAAAUUUAUUGUCCGUAAAACAGACGAAACUAUGAAAGUCUCCAAACUUAAAGCUCAUCAUUAUUGAAAGAGCGAUGAAAAUUUCUCUUUGCUAAUGUAAUUUAAUUUGGUGGGCGAUCCGUGUUAAAAAUACAAAAAUCUGAGUGAUGCUAUUAGAGAGGGCAGUUACACGGAAUAGCCUUUUCAUCAGGGGGUGGAAAAGUUUUUAAAUAAAUCAAACAUGUUACUCACCGGAGAACCCAAGAAACCGGGAAUAAACUUUCGAUCUGAGGGAUUCUUGGGGCUGCGUCAUUUUUUUUAUCACUUCUAUUUAAGCCAGGUCAAGUACGUAACUUUCGGUUUUUCGUAUUUUGCUUUAUUUUCGCUUCUAAGAAAUUUUGAACAACAUUGUCUGUCACAGCAGAUUGGCGAUAUCAAACACAUGUAGAAAAAUUAUCGCAAUGUAAUCCUUUAAAACACCGCCGUUAUAUAAUAAUUUUUUUCCUUAAGCCCACUUACAGAGAAAUGUAUAAAACAUCGUACUGACCGAAAUUCAACUUUUUAGCCGAUCCGUGCCAUAAUUACAGAAACCUGAGCGAUGCUGACAGAAAGAGCACUUACAACACACCCCACGGUGGGGAAAAAUGUGACGACGAAUCCUCGUCCAUAAUAUUCGGGAAGUGGUAUCGUUUCGUGGGAGAUGCAGGCACAAAAAUGCCAACCCAAUGCGUACCGGGUUUCAGAUGUGGUACGGUCUUAUCAGGCUGGCUAAAAGGUGGUCACCCCAUAUUGAUGGAUGGUGAAGUUUCCUCCAAGGUCUGCUUUACCAGAGGUGUAGAUUGUUGCAAGAAAUCAAUUGACAUAAAUGUGAAAGACUGCGGAUCUUAUUUUAUAUACAAACUACGAAAGCCACCUGCUUGUGAUCUGCGCUACUGUGGCACAGAUUGAAUGCUAUAAGCAAGUAAUUCUGCACAGUGAAAGGAUUCACAAAUCGAUUUAUUGACACAUGUGCAUUAAUGUAUAGCACGGACUUUAUGAAUUUCACAUGAUCCACUUUUCACGAUUAGUGUUAAACAAUGAGUAGUUUGAACGCAAGAGUGCGAUUGGACCGCGUGGUUUAAUCUUUCAAGCAAGAGUGCUCCUUUCAAGGGAGGUUGAAAUCUUCUGCAACUACCUUAAAUAUAAAAGUAAUAAGCAAUGACGUCAGCAUGUCUUGAUGUAUCAGGCACAAUAGCAGGUGGAGUUACACUCAACCCAGUCGUAUUAGGAACUAUGUCUGGAUCACGUGUUCUACUUAAGACUCGCAGUGAAAUAAAAAAUUAU